CGUUUUCUCAAUUUCUUUAUUUUUAAUUAUGGCCACAUAUAAACAAAAACUUCCAAGAGUUCAGCACAUAGAGCGUGAUUCCGAAGAAUCGGAACAGGAAUGGGUUAUGUUUAAUGCCUCUAACAAGCCAAUUGAACGUAGAGUGGUUAACAAUGUUAGUGACGAUGACGAUUGGCAUGUCCUUAGUGAUGCAAGUUAUGUAGAGGAGGGGAGUAUACCUACUUUCGAAAGCAACUCAGAGCUUGCUAGUGGUGGUAGUGACUACGAUUCUGAACAAUAUAUUGCCCAAGACGAUACUCGAUCAGUAGAGUCAUUUAUCAGGAAAAUGCCUUCCCAUGACGGAACGGGGAACUUCCUUAAUGCCACACUUUCUGAUAGACCAAAUCAUGAAUUGUCAACAAAUCUUGAAGACUCCAAUUUAGAACUGCGUCGCCAUACAUCUAAUUAUUUAGAUCAAGAUAAUGAAUCGUCAUCUCGUGAUAUAAAUAUUCGACAUGCGAAUUCUCCUAACCCCAUGGAAAGAAAUUCUCAUAAAUCUUGGAUGGAUAAGUUCCGUAAUGUUUUCCGAGGAGAGGAGGAUGUCACAACUACCGUUUCACAAGAACAAACGACUCGAUCAUCUCAGCAAGUUUAUCAUAAAUUGGCUGUAUCGGCUUCAACUGCAGCUAAUUUUGAACUUGGUGACUUAGGAAAUACAAACCCUAUUAAAGCUCUCGCUAAUAUUGGUAACGAAAAUGCUAAUUCCACUACAUCCACGACAGUUACGACUCAUUAUGUUGACGCACUUACAAAUCAGUCUUCUCAAGCAAAUCAAUCGGCGUCAUCAUCCACUGGUGUUGAUGGUUCGCGCGCUGAAAAACACGCUUCUAUUAUAACUAGGUUUAAUAGUAGAUUAAUUAUUCAAAAAGAUCCAAUGGCUAUCAAUUUUUCACCUACAAUUUCCAAGGACAUGAUAAACGAAAUGAUAACCGAAAAUGUCAAUAGUGUCGAUCAUCAAAAACAACAACAAACCUCUUCGCAGUCGGAUAAAAAUUCAAUUUUAUCUACAGUUUGGACAACUUUUCGUCGUUUAACAAACAAUAUCAUUAUAUCAGAUGACACAGAUUCAGUUCCCAACGAUUUUGCGAAUUUAGCAUUUACAUCAUCAAGUCAUAAUACUGGUUUAGCCUCUAUAAUUACUGGCGAAAAUCAUUAUGAUACAUGUUAUCUUCCUUUUGGAAAUCAUUUAACUUUAUCUGAACUUUGCCCUCCUUUGCAUAGUUAUAAAAGUCAUAGUCAUUAUAGUUCACCUUCUACAUCAUCCUAUAAUAAAAGGAGAAAUUCCAUUACUACUUCAUCCAAUACUGCAAGAAUCUUUCUCACUCCCGUUUCAAGUUCAACAAGUUUAAAAAGUUUUACAAGUCGCGCUGGAAGUGAUUGUGGAUUGGAAAGUGGUAGAGGUAUUGGAAGAAGCACAAUUUCAGAAGUUCCUCUUGUUGUUUAAUUUUUUGUAAUAAUAGAAAUAUAAUAGAAUUAUGUUAGUCUGCGUUAAUAAGAUAUGAAACGAUAGAGCUAUUAUAUUAACAACAUUUUGUUACUUUUGUAUUAUAGAUAAACGUGUUAUUUAUAAAUAUUGUAAUUAGUUUAUAAAGUGUUGAGUGGAAAAAAUAAUAAGAACGAAUUUAAGAUUAUUAUUAUAAUAU